UAAGAGAGUAUCUGAAUCAGAAAAAAAAAAAAAGAAAAAAAACAGCUGUUGACAAAGAGUUGUACGCAAGUCACUCACUAUAAAUACUUACAGAUUUAGUAGAGCGUGCUGAGCGGCGUUUCGGGAGAUCGGAUACGUCUGCCGGAGUGUGCGGACAAGACAGCGGGGACGAGGAUUUUGCGCCGACCGUCCGUCCGUCUAAAAAGCCUUUGAGACUCCGCCGUGUUAAGUAGUGAUGGGACGAGCGACACUGGUGCAUCAGCACUGUGCCGAGAGCUCAAGAGGGAAACCUCGUAUCGGUGCGUGUAUUGCUUUAAGAAAGAAUCACGUGACCGAUACAGGAACUGUAUCGUUUGGAUGUGCCGCGCCAAAGUGUGUUUAUCAGGAAACAAACUGUAUCAACAUGUCGUGGGUUUGUCGGAUGGAGUUUUGCUUGAUCAUGGAUCGUUCUAGGAAGUUUUCCCCGGUGUGGAAUAAUUUUGAUCUCGUGACGCCAAACAAGGUGAAGUGUCGGCUCUGCUCUACAGAGCUAUCUUAUAUCAAUAAGAGCACUUCAUCAAUGCUGAGGCAUUAUAGAGCUCGGCAUGGCAAUGAAGAAUUGGCAGAUACUCGUGAGAGUACCCCAGUUCCUAACAAGCAAGCAGUGGAUGAGGCAGUGGUCAAUAUGAUCAUCAAAGACUGUCAGCCACUCAGCUUUGUUGAAAAUGAGGGAUUCAGGGAGCUCCUGAAGCUUAUUCUACCCUCGUAUGCUCUACCAAGCAGGAAGACCAUCAAGGACUUGGUGAGCCAGAGAUAUGAGGAGGAAAAGGAGAAAACCAAAAAGGACCUCCAGAGUGCCGUUGCUGUUACUUUAACAGCUGAUAUGUGGACGUCUAUGAAUAUGGAGGCAUAUCUAGCUGUUACUGGCCACUAUGUGGACAAAGAAAGCCAUGAACUCCAUUCAUCAGUCUUGGCAGUGCAGCAUUUUCCUCAGAAACACACUGCAGAAAACAUUGCCACGGUUAAAAGGAGCCUCAUGGAGGAGUGGGGCAUAGCAGGAAAGGUCAGGUGUCUUGUCACUGAUGCAGCAGCAAACAUGACUGCAUGUGCUCGAAUGCUGCAAAUAUGGCAUACCAUUUGUAUAGCCCAUUCCCUGAAUUUAAUUGUGAGAAAAUCAUGUGAUCAAAUCCCAACAAUAACUGAAAUACGCAACAAAACACGACACAUUGUGACAUACUUUCGAUCGAGCGUGACUGCUAAAGAGAAGCUCACUCAAAUACAGCAACAGCUGGGAACACCGGGCCAUAAAUUAAUAAACGAGGUGCCAACACGAUGGAACAGUACCUACCAAAUGUUUGAAAGAAUGACUGAGCAGAAGGAGGCAGUCUGGGUGUCACUGGCCUCAUUAAAACCUGACAUCACUCCACUGACUCCAGAAGAAUGUCAGAUCAUUGAAGAGAUGCUCAGGGUUCUUGCUCCUUUUGACCAAGCUACAAGAGAACUGUCUGAGGAAAAAAGGGUCUCUGGGUCUAAGGUCAUUCCCAUGAUGAGAAUGCUCCACAUUGAGCUUCAACGUCAGGCCACAACAGUGACAAAAACAGCUGCUCAGCAACUGGCUGAAAACCUGAGGAAGCGGCUAACUGACGCUAUUUGCGGCAUGGAAUCUCUCAGUGUGAUGACUCUGGCAACUCUGUUAGAUCCCAGAUUUAAAAAGAAUGGAUUUGUUAGUCAGCAAAAGGCAAGUGAAGCGGUGAAGAGACUGCAGUCAGAAUGUGCAGAAGAAAUGAGGAGCCAAGAGCCUGACCCAAGAGAAGAAGAGCCUAGCUCUUCACAUGGGUCAGAACCCAGUUCAGGGCACAAUCUCUGGAAAACUUUAGAUAUGGAGGUUGCAGAGACCCAGAAGACGAGGAACGCAACAGCUGACUCCAUUAUUGAAGUCCAACGCUACCUGGCAGAAACAAACACACCCAGAAACCAAGAUCCUUUGCAAUAUUGGAAAUGGAACCAGAAAAUAUACCCACAUCUUCAUCAACUUGCACUUAAAACUCUCUGCUCACCAUCAUCGUCUGUACCAUGCGAAAGAGUAUUUUCCAAGGCUGGGGAGCUGGUGUGUAAGAGGAGAAAUCGCCUUGGAGCAAAGACACUCCAAAAACUUUUGUUUCUCAAUAAAAAUUCAUGAACUAAUCACUUUUUUGUCUUUUAUUUCAUAUGAUUUAACAGUUAAGUUGACAAAUGUGCACAUAAGUUAAAAAAUUGUAACUCUGAAUUUUUACUCUAAUUUGCUAUAUUUUACAUACCAACUCAGUUUUAGCAUUUACACGAACAAGGAAUUUCUUUACCUGCAAUGAUUUUAUAACUACUGCAGGGGUCACUAUUGGGUGACCAACACAGUAUCAAUACAGUGCCGACACAGUUUGUUUAGUGUGUCAAUACACUCCUUGAGGUAUCAUCGUCCCAUCACUAGUGUUAAGCGCCCGCAUCAGACCGAUCUCGGAACGGAGCGGGCCUCCGAAAGUAUCCGUCCUGAAGUUCCGGAAAAACAGGACGCUCCUGCUGUAACGGGUAAGUCUUUGGUUUUAUUUUUUAAAUGUAUUUUUUCAAAAACUAAAAGAGACGCUGCUUACGGCUCGCCUCCUUAUUUCUACCGUGCUCAAACUUUGAAAUGAAUGCCGGCAAGGAAGUGAGGUCAGGCGUGGGGGUGUGCCGGUUAGAAUCUUCCGCUAAUGUUUAGAGAGCAGCGCCGCCCUAGAGGCCGGCGGAGUACUGUGUAACUUAAUGAGAAUACAUUUAAAGAGUAAUUCCUGCGUAUAUAUUUUUAAAAGUAAAUGAAUUCAAAUAAUGAUUCAAUUAUUGUGUGUGUGUGUGUGUCCACAGAAUUUCAACCAGUGCCUCUUAAGCAUUUGCCUCCUGAAAACAUCUCAUCAAUUCAAUUCAAUUCAAUUCAAUUUUAUUUAUAUAGCGCCUUCCACAAUCAAAAUUGUCUCAAAGCGCUUUACAGAGACCCAGAGCCUGACC